CGGGUGUGUUUGACUUGUUUUCCUGAAACUCCAAAACUUCAAGAUCGUAGAAAGUUUGUGCCUGCUCGUGAAGAGGAAGAGGAGGAAGAGGAGGGACAGGAGGAUUUCAGAGUUUUCAGUGUUGGGAGCUGUGUGAAUCAAGAAGAAGGCGAGGAUGAUGACAGAGGAGGAAGAGGCGCCUCAGAUGGAACCGGACGGCAGCUGUUACCAUGCCGACGGUGGAGUGACCGCCCCUCCGGCUACCCCUGCUCCCACUGUAACCAUGGAAACGACACAAAGUGAAGUCACGCCACAUAAACCAGGAAGUCGCUCGGUGGUCAUUCAGAGCAACAGGAGCCCGGCCAGCGAGAAGCUGGAGAAAGUCCGCAAGUGGAGCAUCACGACGUACAAGUGCACCAGGCAGUCGCUGUCGGAGAAGCUGGGCCGCGGGUCUCGGACGGUGGAUCUGGAACUGGAGCCUCGCCUGGAGCUGCUCAAAGACGACCGGCUGCGCUACAAUCACAUGACCAAGCUGGCUCAGACUCUGGCCAAUCAGCUGGCUCAGUUCGCGGUGACCCAGAAGUCCCUGGGAGACGCCCUCGCCGACCUCAGCGUCAAGACGCCGGCGCUGCACGUGGAGUUCGGCAUGAACGCGGAGGCUCAGAAGUUUCUGUCCAAGAGCGGCGAGACCUUGACGACGGCCAUCAACGCCUUCACCUCUGACAUGAACACCCUGGUCAACAAGACCAUCGAGGACACCAUGAUCAACGUCCGGCUGUACGAGUCCGCCAGGAUCGAGUACGACGCGUACCGAGUUGACCUGGAGGAGCUGAACCUGGGUCCCCGGGACGCCGUCACCCUGCCCAAACUGGAGCAGGCCCAGAAAAGCUUCCAGAGCCAGAGGGAGCGCUACCAGAAGAUCCGAGAUGACCUGUCCGUAAAGGUCAAGCUCCUGGAGGAAAACAAGGUCAAAGUCCUCCACAACCACUUGUGGCUGCUCCACAGCGCCGUCGCCGCCGAGGCCAUCCAGUGCCACCGUUUCCUCGAGCAAAACAUCCGACAGGCCAGUGAACAGCUCGGCAACCCCGGCAUGGAGACCCCCUCCUUUCUGGAGGAAAGCUGACGCAACAAAGCCACGAAGAAGAAGAACUCGCCACAGGACAGGUGGACUGAUGAGGAUUUGUGACGGUUUCUGAGUGUCCUGAAGAAACCAACCAGAGAUGUCUGGACGAAUGCGGAAAUUCUGGGUACUUGAAUCGGCCAGUGGCCACUGUCUUCAUACUGAAGUGGAAUUUGGUCACGUGGGUUUUCAAGGGGCGACUGGUUCUUGAAAAUGGGAGGGAGCUUGUUCUAAAUAAUGGGUGCUCGCUGAAAAGUGAAUAUUUUGGAUGCUGAAUGCAUUCAACAGGACCAAAUUCGAGAUAACUGUGGCUUUAUGUAUCUAACGGUCGGCAUUGGCUUGAAGUGAACAUCCCUGCUGUGAACGACCAAAUGUGAACAUUUUGAUAUGUAACGAAAUAUUUAAUACCAUGCUUGGCUAUUUUCAUUUUAAAACAUUUUUAAUUGUCAGGCAAGGCAUCACAUUUUGUCAAUACAUGAGCAUAUCUAACAUUGUUGAUGACCUGAAAUGUUUGGAGAAAAUUAGCAAAUAAUGGGAUAAAGCCAGUUGGACAUAAAAAAAAAAUCACUACAGGUGAUUCCUGAACAGCUUCUGGAAGUUCUGGGGUAGAAGUUGAAAUUCGUCCUCCCCGUGUAUAAUUUGAAGUCUUCUACUUUUAAUGGGCAUCCAGCAGUGACUGAACGGGAGUUCCAGUAGCUGGAACCUUGUGGCAAAAUCAGAAUUUAAAAUGACCGUAUAUUUUGGGACCAUAUAGUCGUACCAUUUUAAACUGAAAUGUCACCGUCAUCUUUGUACAAAGAUGUGCAAAAUGCAACAUGAGCUUGUUGCCAUCAUCAGCCAAGAAAGUGAAAUUGCUUGAAAAUGUCCAAAGAAAGUAUUACUAUGCCUUUAUUGUGAAAAACAAAACAAAGACCCAAUUCCUUUCUAAUCAGUACAUAUCUUGACAGUACCAGACUGUAACAGUUUAAAGAUGCCAGAUAUGUGAAAGUUAUCCAGAACGUGCUCGAGUUCUGUGUUCUGGGGCAAAAAUGUAGCAACCUGUGAACUUUGAAGAGACAAAACUCACCACUGAGAUGUGAGUUCGGAAGUUUCUCAGGUUGUUUUUGCAAACAUCCUGAGAGAAUAUGAGAGUUUGGAAAGUUCACUAGACCAAUGAUCAGUUCCACUGUGCUCCAGUGGAACUUGGUUGUGUAGGAAUUUUGAUGAGCAUCUUGUUCUUAAAAAUUGUUGAGUAAUAGAAAAAAUGGGUAUAAUGAAAAGAAUGGAUGGACAGAGACCUAAAAAUGUAGCACUUUUUUAAAGCUGUAGCAUCAAAGUUAAUUGAGAAAGAAAGAAAAGAGGCAGGAAGUGGAGUUUGUUUACUUCCGUAAGUACGUCCAAUCAGAACCCUUCACAACCCCCGUAUCUGAAGCGGAAUUAAACAAAGGCGAUUUAACAUGUUUUCCAUGUAAUCCUUAAUUCAGAAUUAAUAUUCCCAUGUAAACAUGAAGGAGAAUAAUUUAAUUAGGAAUUAUUUAAUUUAGUAUAAUUAGUUCAGAAUUUAUGAAAAAAAACAUAAUUAACCAUGGCCACUGUCUUGCUUGCUUGCUUGUCUUUAUGUAAAUGAUAUUGGGGUAUUGGAUUGACAAACAAUGACAAGAUCCGUAGAAUUUCUUCCAAACAUGGCAAAUGCAUCAACACCAGGGGUGCAAAAAAAAAAAAGAAAAUCACCCAGUGGCACAUCUGUGGUGCACAUUAAACCACGAAUGUCUGGAAGAACGUGAACUUUUACCUACCUGAAUAUUCCAGUGGUCUUCUUCUGACUCUUGAGCGUGAUUGGGAAGUUGUGAGUCCAUGGCGGAGUCAGAAUUUGGAAUGUUAGAAUUCCAGAUGACGUUCUCGUGCUGCUGGCUGUCGCUGAUAAAAGCUUCGAAGCUUAAGUUUUGAUUGAGAAAUCAAAACUCCCAGAUUGAGGAAGCCAGACGUUUCCACGGCAGUGUUUUAGGUGAAAACGCGUCUGAAAGGUUUCCAGAAAGUUCUAGCUUUAAAGCCUUUUCCAAAAAGUUUUCAUUGUCUCCGAGCUCCGUCGUCGUGUAAACGCACACCCAAAACCCAAUGAAAGUUUCGCGUUUGCACUUGAAACCGUUGCCAUGGUAACCGGCCUGAUACGCUUCACAUCAUGUCUCUUCGCAUGAGCAUUAUCUUGUUUAUUCCAUUUCCUCAGCUCAGGAAAUCCCUCCAAAUAUUGCUCCCACUGCUUAGAAGCUCUUGGAAAUGGUUUGUUCGGUAUCAGGAAUCUGUGCCUCACGUGUUUUCACAGAACUGUUGGAACAGAGAGAAAAGGCAGCGACGUUCCCUCCCCUCCUCGUCUCCUUGCCUCAGUGUGUCGGGGAGUAAAUCCAUUUAAUCCUCCGUGAGGCGCUAAGCCUUUCUUUGAACUUAAAAAAAAAAAAUCCCAAGACUGUCGUCAGAGAGUCGCAGUGACCAAAAGUGCCUCGAAACCACUUCUGGAAAAACAGCUUUUUUUUCAGUCUGAGCUUCCAAUGAUGGGAAGAAAACAGACUGAGAGGUUUUUACAGCUCGGUUAAAGAUGGCGUGUAGACACUUUUCAUUUUGUUUGUUUGUUGUUUCUUUGUAACAAGGACCAAAAAUUGUGUUUGGUGGACCAAACAAAUUAAAAUUCUGAUAGUUUUCAAAAAGAACUACUCAAAGCCUGGAUGGAUGACUGAACGACACAGAUGAAUCACUGAUUUAGGUAAAUUUACCACAAUGAGGUGCAAAACUGCCUCAAAAUAUGAAAUUAAAGGACAAAGGGAAAUAAAGUUGUUGUUAAUAAACAAUGACUAUGAAGAGACAAAAAGUACCACAGAAACAAAACUACCAUGGGAGACAAACACCGAGUACAGAGAAACAAAAUAACAAGCUUACUAUGAAAACAAAACUACACACGACCAGAGUCACAGGUUCAUCUCAAUCCUCAGGAGCUCAGAAACACGAUCUACCAGUGAAAGAAGGCGACCACAAAGAGACAACAUAACAACUAAAGACAGCAAAAUCAAUGUCAAAUACUGAAAACAACCAUAAAGAUCAUAUCUAUACGGAGAGACACAAAAACCACUGGAUCGCAUGACCUCAGUGAUCCAACAUGAGGAAAUGUCCCCAGAGCAACACGAUAUGACCGAAAAUGACGGGAUGGCACCAUAAAAUGAACAACUGAUGGCACGAGAUGACCAGACACUGACACAACGACCACAGGGCGCCACACAACGACAAGCAGGAAACGAAGCGAGCAGAGCCAGCUGGAGACGAGUCGGUCCCUGACUGUGUCCAUCAUGUCCUCUCAGUCCGUCCACGGGUCAGAGUUUUCACCCCCACGCCGCUCUUUUCUCCGCACCGCGUUGCACUUUUUGCACUCUGAUCCAAAGCACGGCCUGACUUUUUGACCUUCUUCCUGAUGUUUAUGAACACAAAGUCAUUUCCAAAGAGUUUUGUUUCAGCGUCCGGUCUUGUCCGUAUACCUCAGUGAUGAUGCAAUGACCGGAAGCUUCUGUGCAAUAACGUUCCACGGUUCUUGUUUUGUCCUUCGCUCUGUUGAUAAUUGCUUCGCAGGUGCUGUUUUUGUAGCGUCUGAAGUGAAAACGCUGUAACGGUUUUCCUCUAAUGUUUGAGCCUUAGGUCCUGUUCACACGGCAGCAUUUCAUUUUCAUUUUGUUUCCAGAAAGGUUUUGCAUUUACACAGCAACGUUUUGAAAAUGCCGUCUGUUUCCACGAGGACGGCGGAAACGCUGAAAACGACGUGCUUAGCAUGUUGGUGCAGUAGCAGCAUUUCUGCUUGUCCACAAGGAAACAACCCCGAGAAUUUCCAGGCAGUUGUGUUUCCCCGUUUCCAAGGAGACAGAGUUUUCAAAAAGUUCCACCUUGGGAGACGUUUUUCCCAAAAC